AUGGGCAGAAAGUGCUCACAAUGUGGACACAUAGGUCACAAUUCAAGGACUUGUACCAUUUCUAGAGGGUCUGUUAAUGUUGGACUAAGGCUGUUUGGAGUACAGCUUGAAGUAUCUUCUCCUUCAUCCAUUCCCAUCAAGAAAUGCUUCAGCUUGGAUUGCUUGUCAUCGUCCUCGUUGCCUGCAGCAACGUCAUCUUCCUCCCAGUCUUGUUCGUUAUCUUCCCGAGUGUCAAUCAACGAAAAUUCCGAUAAGACAUUCAUUGGUUCUCUCUCCGAUGGUCACUUAACCCAAGUUCAGGAAAGAAAGAAAGGAAUUCCAUGGACAGAAGAAGAACACCGGACUUUCCUAAUUGGGCUUGAGAAGCAAGGAAAAGGAGAUUGGAGGGGAAUUUCAAGAAACUUUGUAACUACAAGAACUCCAACACAAGUUGCGAGUCAUGCUCAAAAGUACUUUCUCCGGCAAACCAGUUUGUGCAAGAAGAAGAAACGGUCCAGCCUCUUUGAUAUGGUUAGUAAUGCUACUUCAAAGACAGAUUCAAAUCAGGAAAUAGGUCAAGAUAAUGCUAUUCGGCCCCAGAUAGACCUGAACUCAUUUGGACAAGACGAGUGGGAUAAUCAAGAAUGCGAAAAUUCUCGAAUAGUUACGAAACUGAAUUCGAGCAGCUCCCUUUGUGCAUAUGGAUCUCUCAACUCUUCUUCAAAUGUAACAGCUCCUGAUUUGGAGUUGAGUCUUUCAGCUCCAAAGCCAGUGGGAGCAAAUGAAACCUCCCCCACUUCCCUUCGAAUGGGACCUAUUACUGUUAUCUGA